GGGGUGGGGGGAGGGGGGGGGAAUGGAUCCGAGUCGGUGGAGGGCGGAGAACCAGCGACUCUUUGAGGGGGGGAUGGAUCCGAGCCGGUGGAGGGCGGAGAACCAGGAAGGCAUAGAGGGGGAAAUGGAUCCCGUUCGGUGGAGGGCGGAGAACCAGGAAGGCAUUGAGGGGGGUUUCCCGACGGGGGACGGGCGGCCAGUGGCAGACAGUCAGUACUCAUGUCCAUCAUCGCCGAGGUUGCAGUCCUUCACCGGACAGCUGUACGACGGGGGGCGAGGUGCACCGAUUCGUGCCCCGGCAGCCCCCCUCCCCUCUUCGCAGUCUCAUCCAGACGCAUCGGGGCAACGUGCCCGCUCCCAUGUUCGGCCACCAAUGGCCAAUAUGCCUCUUGGAGGUGGUCACAUGGGACAUAAACCGUAUGCCACCCAAACCGGUGGUGGGUAUGGCGUGGGCAGUGCACAAACGUUGCCGGUGGGAAGCGGGUUCGGCUUCGCUGCGCACCAGACGUUUGAUAGGGGGAGCGCAAUGCGCAAUGAUCGCCCUUGGUCCCCGCAAUCCGGCCAGACUUCCCAGACGUCGCGUGCCAUGUUCUCCAGCACCACCACUCUGUCCAGCAGGCGAUCACCUUGCACUCCCGGUCCUUCCACUGUGGACGCCGACGGACGCGACAUGGACAAUGCAUGGACGGCGCAUUACAGGACUUCUGUCCCGUCGGGUUUGGACAGCGAUGCCGCAAAUGGCUACGAUGGUCAAGCGUGCGAGGACAUGGAGGAUGACACUGGUAAUGGAGAUGGAGAUGAUGUUGACGACGAGAAUGGCGAUGGAGGUGGUGUUCCAGAAACGGACAAGGCCGGUGAUUCCGAUGGGAGAAACGAUGGCAGACGUGGGCAGAAAAAAGGCAGGAACGAAGGGCCACCGAAGAACAAAAAACAAAACCUGGUGUGGACGUUGGAGGAGAUGAUAUGGCUGGCGAAGAUGAUGGGGGAGGACGACACGCUCAUGGCUGACGCCAAUGGACAACAUCAGUUCAUGAAAAGGAAGGAGCAGUAUGGGUGGGUGGCGGAUCGCAUGGCAUCUGGCGGUUUUCCUCAGAGAACUGCGGAGGACUGCCGUAAGAAGUGGACGUCCAUGAUGACGAAGGCGAAGCUCAUCCUUGACAAGUGCGAGAACGCGUCAGGUCGGCCGUCGUACUGGGACACAGACCUGGAACAGCGGAAGGAGCUGCAGGUGCCUCUCGCCUUCGAGAAACCUUUGUGGGAUGCCAUGCAAUGGAAACUCAACAGACCAUCCAUGACGUGCGACCAGACACUGGGCUCUGAGGACCUGCCGGGAGCGGGAGAAGGAACGCCGCCUUCGGGAAGAAGUGGAUCCGGAAAAAGCGGGUCUGAGGCGAGAGGAAUGGACGGCUCGGAGGGCGCAGCGAAGAUGCGAAGAACAUCGUCAGGGAAAACAAGGAUGGACGACGCUCGGACCGGCGGAUUGACUAUGGCGAGGGCGAUGGAGGAGUCGACACGAUCCUACUGCGAUGGUCUUGACAAGGCCGCUUCUACAUUGGCGAAGGCAACCUCAGAUGCGGGGACUGCGAUGGCGGUGAAGAUUGGUGAUGUGGCGAAGGCAACCUCAGAUGCGGGGACUGCGAUGGCGGUGAAGAUUGGUGAUGUGGUGGAGGCGAUAAGAGGAGGGAACACUGUCCUCGAGUUGCUCGUAGGGGUUCUCGCCCGUCGCUAUGUGGGGUCUACAAGUGGUGGCGACAACGGCAGGGACACCGACCCGUCGUCCAUGUGAUGAAACUCCGACGAAACAGUUUGUC